AUGCAGAGGGUAAAGGCUGAGAGGAAGGGCAAGCCUCCGCCCGCCUUCAACCGCCACAGCCCGCUUCACCCUCCUCCGCCUGCCUUACCAGCCUCCGCCCGCCUCCGCCCGCCUCCGCCCACCUCCGCCUGCCUUACCAGCCUCCGCCCACCUCCGCCCGCCUCCGCCUGCCUUACCAGCCUCCGCCCGCCUCCGCCCGCCUCCGCCCACCUCCGCCUGCCUUACCAGCCUCCGCCCACCUCCGCCCGCCUCCGCCUGCCUUACCAGCCUCCGCCCACCUCCGCCCACCUCCGCCUGCCUUACCAGCCUCCGCCCACCUCCGCCCGCCUCCGCCCUCCCCCGCCCGCCGUCCGUUAUCAUUCCGAAGCCCUCGUUGCAAGCGAGCGAGACCGCAUCAUUGUGAUGAACCUCGUGAUCACUUGCAUUUUCACCUGCAAGGUUCGAACACGAAGACUAAUGCGGGGAUCCAGUGCAAAGAGGGUUUGCAAAGCUCCUUGUUGCGCCACUCUGCAAGCCCUUUUAUUACCUUUAUGGGUUGCAAUUUAA